AUGUAUAGACAAAGAGAAGGUCUGACUUUAAAAGAGCGGCUAUCAUUCGGAAUGAGGCUCACUUUACUAAUCCUACUACUGGCUGCCGCUGUUAGCGCAGGUUUCUUCAGCAGGAUAAAGGAAAAGACGAAAGAAAUGUUCAGCACUGGACACCAUUACGCACAAAAACUGAAAAACGCAACAAAAAUUGGAUUCCAAAAGUUCCUCAUGAAGAUGGGAUUGGUCAAAAUUCGCGACAAAUUCAGAAAGGUGAAGAACAAAGCGCUAAAAUUGCUGCAGCUGACACCAGAAAUGUUGAAGUCCCUCAAAGAAAGGCUGAAGAAAAUACGACUGUUCAAGAGAGAUAAAGUGCAAGCUAUUGGAGACACUGUCACUGAGAUCAACGCGAACACUGAGGUUGACAAGGUUCUCUACCANCUCACUCUUCUAAAGUGCUCAAGCGGACGAGAUAAUCAAAGCGGAUCAAUCAACAAUACGAAGAUUACGAUGGUUCCCUUCGACAUCAAUUACCAACAGACUCUUGGCUCACCAUUCAUUUCGUUCACCGAAUUCUCCAUGAUCAACGAACACUACAACUGCAAAAAGAAGUGCGACCCGGAGGCGUCAGUACAGUGCGAAAUGGGUGGAUUCCCUCAUCCCCGCGACUGCAAAAAGUGUAUAUGCCCUGGAGGAUACGCAGGUGACAGAUGCACAGAAAAGCCAUCGGGUUGCGGUGAAAUAAUUCAAGCCUCACCGAAUUGGACGGUAUUCGUAGACACUAUCGCCGGUCCAGAUACUACAAAGCAGGAGGACUUCUCUACAUGUAAUUACUGGAUCGAAUCUCCAAAUGACACCUUGAUCGAAGUGGUACUGCUGAAUUAUACCAAAGGAGUUUCUAUUGAAGGCUGCCCCUUUGCUGGUGUAGAAAUCAAGACAAAUAAGGAUCAAACACUCACUGGCUACAGGUAG